AUGGGCGGUAGCCGCGGCGGGCUGGCGGGGCAGCUGGGCGGGCUGCUGCGGGCGCAGCCCCGCGCCUCCCUCGGCCUCCCCAUGCUGCUGCUCGGCACCUACUUCUUCUACUGCCUGACGGGCUCCUGCGAGCCGCUGCCGCCCGCCGCCCGCCAGCUGCGCCCGCCGCCCCGCGACCCCGCCGGGGACCGGCCCGAGGAGCCGGCGGCGGCCGGGGGCAGGUCCGGGCCGGGCAGCCGGCGCUUCCCGCAGGCCAUCAUCGUGGGGGUGAAGAAGGGCGGCACCCGGGCGCUGCUGGAGUUCCUGCGGGCGCACCCCGCCGUGCGCGCCCUGGGCGCCGAGCCCCACUUCUUCGACCGCGGCUACGAGAAGGGGCUGCGCUGGUACAGGAACCUAAUGCCACGGACUCUAGAGGGGCAGAUCACGAUGGAGAAAACCCCGAGUUACUUUGUGACCAAGGAGGCUCCCAAACGUAUUUACAACAUGUCCAGGGAAACCAAGCUGAUUGUGGUGGUGAGGAACCCGGUCACCAGGGCCAUCUCAGACUACACACAGACACUAUCCAAAAACCCCACCAUCCCCAGCUUCCAGGCUCUGGCCUUCAAGAAUGUCAGCACGGGCCUCAUCGACACCACCUGGAGUGCAGUGCGGAUCGGCAUCUAUGCCAAGCACCUCGACAACUGGCUGCAGUACUUCCCCCUUUCAAAAUUCCUCUUUGUCAGCGGGGAAAGACUCGUGAGUGACCCGGCUGGGGAGAUGGGCCGAGUGCAAGACUUUUUGGGUCUCAAGAGAGUCGUGACGGACAAACACUUCUAUUUCAAUGAGACCAAGGGCUUCCCUUGCCUGAAGAAGCCCGAAGGAAGCAGCCGGCCCCGCUGUUUGGGGAAGUCCAAAGGGCGACCUCAUCCAAAAAUCCACGGGCAGGUGAUCCAGUGCCUGCAGGAGUUUUACAGACCCUUCAACAUGAAGUUCUAUCAGAUGACUGGGCAGGACUUUGGGUGGGACUGAGAUCUCACCAGGCCAAUGGCUUUCUAAGCCACAGUGGAGAGAGGACAACUAGUCCCCUUAGCAGACCUACAGGGCCCUUGGCACAUUGUGUGCCAAACUUCCCAGGGACUCUAGCAUAGAUGUGUCCAAGGCAAACUUUUGGAAGACACUUCCCAUGUUCUAAUUUAUAACGGACUUGUUCCUGGAGAGAAAUGUACACUUACUGACUAGAGAGAAAUAUUUAAGAAAGAAAAACAAACAAACAAACAAACAAAAAAAACCCCCAACCCCAGAUCAGAUUAAAUAUUCUUCCAUAUAAAUCUUGCUAAUCUAUAUUAACCAGAACGGUUUUCAGAUGGUGAGAGAGAGAGAGAGAGAGUGUGUGUGUGUGUGUGUGUGCGCGCAGUGGCAAAGGCACUAAGAUUCACAAUAAAGCUUUGCAAAUCAGAGUUGGCCUCCUAAUGCUGCUCUUUCUCUGACUAUACUGAGAUUGCUGUAAUGUUCACAAUCAGCAAUCCCGACCCUUUUAAUUAGCAGGCGAAAGGGCCCUAGACACCAGUGCUGUGUUGAGGUCUUGGAUGCCUUCCUUGCAAAGGGACACUGUAAAGAUAACAACUGCAGCCAGGUUCAAAGCUGCUGUACAGCAAUGUAGGUCCAUUGACUUCAAAGGAGCUAGGUUGGUUUCCACCAGCUGAGGCUCUGGCCUGGUAUAUUAAAAACACUAAUGACUUAUGAUAAUAACAUGUUAGGAGACUGAUCUUGCUCCUCCCAUUGGAAUCAAUGGAAUUUUGGCCAUUGACUUUAUUGGGGCCAGUAGCAUGCCCCAGUUUAAAAAAAAAAAUCUUAUUUCUCUAUUACUUUUUAUGCUAUUUGUUUUUCUUUGUGCUUCACUCAAUUGGGCCAGUGAGUUUUGGCCUAGAUCCUCAAAGGCACCUAACUCCCCUCCACAUACCUUUGAUGAUCUGGGCCUAUGUGUUUCUUAUCAAUUUCACUUUCCAGUGCCUACGCCCUGCAAGUUUGGUUUUCGGUUUCCCAUGCUUCAAGAGGACAUGGAUGCCCUCCUCUUCCCAAAGCUCUUUUUCCUUAAAAUGUACAAUAAAUAAAAUAAAGUGUUGUGUCUAUUAGAGUUUUGUAAAAGCCCUUUUAAAAAAGACAAUCUGAAUUUUGGACCUACGUCAUGUUUGGUGUCCUUAGAAACAGUUACCUGGUUUGAUAGUUUCGG